AAAGGGGAAUUAGUGUCUUCUCUUCUCUCGGUCUUCGCAGAAGCGUCUUGAUAAUCAGCGGCUCCGGACUCAGCGGAGAUUUUUCAUGGAACAAACCGGUUUAAAAUGAGUCGGGAGGAGCUCAAAGAUCUGCUGCACCAGGCUUGAAUCCACCCAGAAACCCCAUGGAGCAGGAUGUGGAGAGCCCAGCCGUCAUCAGAAAGCCCAAGCUGCCGAAGCAGGCCCGGGAGGACCUGCCCAAACAGCUGGCAGAGGUGGACCGGGCCAAGAGGAUCCAGCGGUACGUCCAGAAAGAUGGGAAGUGCAACGUCCACCACGGGAACGUCCGAGAGACGUACCGCUACCUGACAGACAUUUUCACCACGCUGGUCGACCUCAAAUGGAGGUUCAACCUGUUCAUCUUCGUGCUGGUGUACACGGUGACUUGGCUCUUCUUCGGCUUCAUGUGGUGGCUUAUUGCGUACCUGCGGGGCGACCUGGACCACUUAGCAGACAACCAGUGGACUCCGUGCGUCAAUAACCUCAAUGGGUUUGUAUCAGCCUUUCUGUUCUCCAUUGAGACGGAGACCACCAUUGGUUACGGAUAUAGAGUCAUCACGGACAAAUGCCCCGAGGGGAUAGUUCUGCUUUUAGUCCAGUCAGUGCUGGGAUCUAUCGUCAAUGCCUUCAUGGUGGGCUGCAUGUUUGUUAAGAUCUCGCAGCCCAAGAAACGAGCUGAGACACUAGUGUUUUCCACCAAUGCGGUCAUCUCCAUGCGAGAUGGACGGCUGUGCCUGAUGUUCCGAGUCGGAGACCUCCGAAACUCGCACAUCGUCGAGGCUUCAAUCAGGGCCAAGCUCAUCAAGUCUAAGCAGACCAAGGAGGGGGAGUUCAUCCCUCUGAACCAGACGGACAUAAACGUGGGCUACAACACGGGAGACGACAGGCUCUUCCUGGUAUCGCCGCUCAUCAUCUGCCACGAGAUAAACCAGAACAGCCCCUUCUGGGAGAUCUCACAGGCCCACCUGGCCAAGGAGGAGGUGGAGAUUGUUGUGAUCCUGGAGGGGAUGGUGGAGGCCACAGGUAUGACCUGUCAGGCCAGGAGUUCGUACGUCAGCAGUGAGAUAAAGUGGGGUUACCGCUUCACUCCUGUCCUGACGCUGGAGGACGGCUUCUACGAGGUCGACUACAACAGCUUCCACGACAUCUACGAGACCAACACACCCACCUGCAGUGCCAAAGAGCUGGCUGACAUGGCCAGCCGAGCCCGCCUGCCCCUCACCUGGUCGCUGGCCAGCAAGCUGAGCCAGCAGGGGCUGCCGGAGUCCGAGCAGGAGGGUCAGGAGACCAAGACCGGCCUGGACCCCCAGAGCAAGAGCCAGCAGACCGAGAGGAACGGGGACAUUGCCAACAUAGAGAGCGAGUCCAAAGUGUAGCCAGUAGGAGGUCCGUUGGAGGUUACCGGACUGGACUGUUGGUCUCCUGCUGGGGGGGAACCACACAAUGAGGACCAGCGAGCACAGUAGACCAAGUACCCCUGCACCAAGAAACGCUUUUUCUCAGCGAUCCACCCCAAAAACAACUCAACACGUAGACACGCGGCCCACCGCUGGACUCCAAACCCUCUGCGGCAAAGUGCAUGUUUCAGUCUAAUGUGAUGUCCUCCUGACAAGAGUCCUAUUAUUUUUUCUAUUAAGAUAUUCCUAGGGGCAUUUGCAUAAGUAUUUUUGUAUAUACUAUAAAACGUUUUGAAUUCUUUGUUUUGUUGCCAUGUGAAUAUUUGACAGAUGUUUGAUACUACUUCCUUUAGGCUAGUCCUGUAUAUAUUCUCUGCCUUACUGUAUGUAUAAAGCUUUCAUUAUUUGUUUUUCAGAAAUAUAUAAGCAUGUAUAAACACUACCUGCAGUUAAUUUAUCUUGUAUUGUGUAUAUACUGUACGACGAUAACGCUACAAGGAAAACGUACAUCUCAAUGGAUGCAAACUCUAGUUUAAACCAAUGACAAAUACUUCCCCAAAUGAUAAAUGUUUGUUUAAAGUAGAACUAUAGGAAGCCAUGACUCGCUGUUUAGAGCCGACUGACUUCAGACAAUGGCCCUUUAAAACUGCAUUUUGUCACUUUUGCACACUGGAGGCCUCUGGUGGAGAAAGUUAGUCGCUAUUUCAGUCUCCAGGAAUCCCUCACAUGUCACCUAACAGUAUCUACAAUAAAUAAAUAGUAAGUUGCUUAUUAUGCACUCCAUGAGA